AUGCUGAGCACAGAGCUAAAUUCGCUUGUGGGUUUGUCCCAAAGCAUUAUUACUACUACCACCACAAAAGUGUCUACCAUCAGUCCUGGCAAUCAACAGCACAUCUCUGCCAAUCCUGAGAGUCUGCUUCUCAGCAGCGAAACUGAAGCAGCUUCUGUGCCUAUUCCAAAAUCGCAAAGCUCACUGAGUAAACUUGGAAAUAUGAAGACCUCACAUAAAGACAAUUCUUUAAUAAUUCAAGCUCCAGAUGAUGCCUCUUUAGAACCUAAAUCUGCUGUUACAUCUCCCAUCUCUACACCUCUACCUGCCAGUGAAUCACCCACUAUGCAAUCCCCAUCCCCUUUUAAAUCUGCUUCCCCUUAUCUCACCACACCUCCUAUUUGUUCUGUAGCAGUGCCCAAGACUACAAGACCACUUCCCCCUAUGAGGCCUGAGGCUUUAGCUUUGGAGCCUUCUAUUGACGAUGCUUUGGAUAAUCUACUUACCAUAAACUUCAUGAGCAAGCCAGAGGCCCAACAUUUGGUUUCAUCAGCUUGUAAGAUGGAUUUAGCAGAGCACCCAGAAGUGUUUGAAGAGACACUUGUUGCAGUGGACCGUAGGGUGGUACAGCCAGACGUGCACACGGAGAGUGAGGCAGGAGAUGUGGUUCAUGAGGAACAUUCUGACUGUAAGAGUGAUCUUUUGGACUGGGCUGACAUGGAGUUGAAGUUGUCAUAUGAUGGCGCCGAUGGCUCAAUGACUCCUACGACUGAGGCUAGCUGGAUGGAUGACUCCCUUACUCCUUCCUCCUGCCCUGGAACCCCAGAUGCCCAGAUUGACCUGCCUGCAUUACAUCCUGUCAGCACAAUGGAUAGGAUUUCAGCAUCUGGACAUCUCAAGUCUGUGAUCAGACGUACAAAGGAGACACCCAAUGUCCAUCCCAUGUACCGGGAUGGCCUUAUUCGCAGAAAGGUGGGCCCAGUAAUCUUUCACAAAAGCAACUCUCAGGAUCGCCUCAUAGAAGAGCUACAAGGCAAGCUGGGAAUUGCUCGCAAAGAACGGCCCAAGAAACAACCAGAUGAUUGGCUGACAGAGGGUGUCAUUGUCAUGUCAAGCCCAAAACGCUUGCGAGAAGACCACAGCAGGGAUGUGGAUAAGAUUAUUAUUCCCCCUGAAUCUCCUAUUCCUCAGAGAAAGGUGAUACCUGCAUCCCAGUCCAACUCCCCAGGCCCUUGCCUACCACCUCCAGCCAUGGAACCAAAGUCCAGGCCUACAGUUAAAGCUGUACCAGUUCCACCUCCCCCUCCUCCUACCCACACUACACUUAUUCCUGUCCCUUGUCAACGUCCUAGGGAAUCUAUACCUCCUCCCCAACUUCCUGUAGAAUGUGAGUCUCCUCCAGUCCCAGUUAAGUCCCCUAUUCCUCAGCCAAUACUCCCAGCAAAGCCUGCACCAACACCACCUCCUCCUCAACUGCCAGCAAAGCCUGCACCAACACCACCUCCUCCUCAACUGCCAGCAAAGCCUGCACCAACACCACCUCCACCUCAGGCACCCCCUCCUGCCCCUGUUGACCCUCCCAAAGUGCUGGUGUCUGUGGGUUGUCAGACGGAAAAUUAUCCCUUCUUCCCUCCAACACAGGUGCCGGCAUGGAGCUCCCUUUACAAGGAUGUGGGAAAUAGGGGUGCUGAGGGUGCACCCCAAAUUUGA